AUGGCGAUUGACGAACGUAAUUUCCGCUCAACAUAUUACGAAAAAGUCGGAUUUAAGAGUGUGGAAGAGAAGCGAUCCCUUGAAAUUUUAUUAAAAGAGAAACCGCUAGAUCUGUCCAAACUGAAGCAGUUUUGUUUGAGAUUCGGUGUUCCUGCGGCCCACAGAAAUCUAGUGUGGAAAUUGUUGUUGGGUAUCUUGCCGCUUCAGGAAAAAUGCCACGAGUAUGUAACAGAACAACGAAAGGAAGAGUAUUCGAACUUGUUACACGCCUUAAACGUACUGAGAAUAACGAACGAUAUUCCCAAGUCACAAGUUUUUGUGGCGAUGUGGCUACUGCAAAAUGGUAAAUUGAAAUUUGAGACCGACUAUGAGAGUGAGAAAGGGCUGUUUUCAAUUAUUAGAUCGAUGAUGUUUCACUUUGACUAUGAUAUUGAUAUCUAUUGGCUAGCGAAGGGUUUUUAUGACUUUGUACAAAAGUUUCAAUGUGAAGUUCCUAAGCUCAUAGAAGCCACACACAGCUUACUAGAAAAGGAGGAUUCCAAACUCUAUAAGCAUCUGAGCAAAAUUGAAGCUUUAGAAAACCUGCCUUUGGACAGUUGGUUCGAUUGCUGUUUUGCGGGAACUUUAAAUGACAUGGUCUUAGGAAGAAUAUGGGACAAGAUAAUGGGAGGUUCAUACAAAAUUUUAGUUUACACAACUGUUGUUAUUUUAACUAGUCUCAAACAUAAAAUAAUGAGGUGUACUAACGUAGACUGCGUGAUAGAAAAUGUAAAUAAUAUAUCGGAAGAACUAGCGGAAGUUAUCGUUAACAAAACAGUAGAACUGUGGCAGCAACAGGGCAGUCCUCUGACAGUCUAUGACAAACCCAAACCGUGAAAUAGUGUCUUAUUGUACUGUAAAUGUAUAUUUUUAUAUUAUUGUGUAAUAAACUUUUGUAAAUUUGA